UCGAACAUAGUUUGAUCCCAUCGUCGUCAUAUUCUAGUUGAUGUUAAAGUUAUAACUAUAUGUGCAUAGUUGGUUAUAGUUAGUUGCAGCAAGCGGUGUGUUUUAUAAAAGACUCUGUAAUAGGCUCUGUUAGUUCAUACACAUUAUCGGCAUUAUCUAGUCUCGUUUUUCACUCUCUGAAAUCUUUUAUUUGAGGCUUUGAUAUUUGAAGUUCCAUUCAAACCAUAAUUGUUCCGCCUGUACUCCGACGGCGACGCAGUUUCAAACAAAAUCUGAGAACUUCAUUACCAGAUAAAAAGAGUCUUUCACCUUUUUAAUUUCCGUCACAAUAAUUUUUGAGUUGAGCUCUUGUUAAGUUAGAAGCAAAUAUUUCACGCUUUUUAUAGUGCUUCAAAAUUGCGUGUUACUCUCAAAGCAUUUCAUAUACCAUAUUGUGCUUGAAUUUUGAACAAGAAUUUCAUCAAUUUUAAGUUCAUUUAAGAUAUUUCUCUUAGCAUUUUAGUUAAAUUGUUGCUUUUGAUUGGACUCCUUGUUUUUAUUUCGGCGCAUUAUCUACUAAUUGUGUUUACAAACACGUGGUGGAAUUAGUUUGCGAACACUAUUAUCGUGCCAUCUUUUGUCGGGAUUAACAUCUAACAAUCUAAUUUUUAACGAGAAAAAUCUGAUUUGCAGUUUAUAUUAUGCCAGUUGGAUCUGGAUACAGCAAGCACAGCAGUUCCUAUGUAGGCCCGAAGAGAGAUUGCCACUCGUUAACUGACUCCUUUUCCGCCAGCAGCAAAGCUGUCGGCAGCGGCGGACCCAAUGGUGCUAACUCUUCAUCUUCAAGCAGCUCAUCUGGAAGACAGGUGUUCUCUCUGAUCGCCAAUCAAGACACACCCAGCAUCAGCAACACUACACUAAAUUCGCAGCAGGGCCAAAUCUCUUCACAGCAGAAAAAAGCGACAAAAACGGUGCUUGUAGUGAAAUGUACAGACUCGUCAAUCAACGCUUUCAACCAGGUCAUCGCCAACCAACGACAGAAAGGAGUGCCAGUGCCUUCAGUCUCCUUCAAGAAGGGAGGAGGAAGUCUGAAUCUUCCGCUUCAGAAUGCCGAUGGCGGCUUCUCAAUGAGGGGUCUCAACUUCAAGUUGAGCAAGUUGGACCAGGCAGCCGGACUCGAGUGUCUGCUCCAAAGAUCUACACCUGGGAAAAACCAAUGCAGUAACAGGAUUCGAGGUGAAGUGAAAGACAAGCAGCUGACAAGCAUAGGAGAUAUUACACAGACUGCACGCAUAGAGGGCACAGACGAGAUAUUCCAGCAGACGAAGCAGAGGAUGAGUCAAGUCGAACAGGACUACAAGAAAAUUAGUACAAAGACAAUCGACAACUUUGGGAAGAACAAGCUAAGUGGAGUUACCAAGAAGAAAUCUGCUCUGGAUCUAAAACCCAAUAGAAUGCUGGUUGAAGCAGCGAGCUUGGCCAGUCGACCUUCAAUGGCACCUAAACACACCAUAUCUAAUUCUCACGAUAGCAACAAGUUCGGACCAAGAAGCGAGGAUUCGCUCCUAUCAGUGCGGAACAAGAGCAGUUUUUCACACCAAUCAACCGGAUCCCGAAAUAGUUCCGCAAAUAGCAGUCCACAGAACCCUAGUUUUGCAAGCAGUACUUUCCAACCACCCGGACGUCAAUCAAUGAUGCCGGAGUCCAGCAGCAUUUUGAGCGAGGGAAGCGUGCCUGCAAAGGGACCAAAUAAUAGCUUGAAUAAUCAUAGAAUAAUUAGUGGCAAUACGAAUACAAGGGACCUUAGUCUAGACCGGUCGCGUCAUUCGAUCUCGCCUCCAAUUCCUAAGUUGGGAAGUGAGAGAGUGGCAGAUGAGCCAAGGAGAACACUCUCGGAAGCUUCUCGGGUGUCGACAAAUAGCAACAGCAACAGCAACAGUCCCAAGUCAGCAACCAGCGAAACCUCAUCGCAAUAUUCGCUCAAGGACCACAUUCUGCACCUGUUGGCGGUGGAAGAUGGCAUCACAGUUAGUAGUGUAGUGUUCCGUCUCAAGUCCCAAUGCAAACUGAAGGGGGUGCAGCACAGCCACGUGCUCUCCCUCCUCAACCAGGUGGCCACAAAUGAGAACAGGGCAGCCAAUGUCUACAGUCUCAGAGGCAGUCCUGACUUGGUCCAGUUGGUAGCCUCCGAACAGAUCAAGCCGCAGCAGUAUCCCUUCUACACACAAUCACAGCGCCACAUACUAGCCAAGAAAUUGGACCGCCUUAAUAAUCUGGCCAGUCAGGACAAUCAUGUUCCGACGACCAGGUUCUCUUCGCCUUACGAGCCAGCAGACGACAUCUCAGUCUCACCCGUCGCGCUCUCGGCUCCAUCGACCUCGCCCUUCAACCCCUCCCACUCCAGAACCCAAUCUCACUCGGAAGAACAUCCGAACCCUAAACAUAAUCAUCAACAUCAUCAACCACAGUCACUGUCGGCUUCGAGUCAGAGGUCGUCGGAUACACUGUCUUCGUCCUCGGGGAAUCUAAGACGCGAAGCCAAGCAGGAACAUCAGAGGAGUUCUAAAAGUGAAGUUCCUGACUGUUUUAGGAACCUCAUCGAAAAUACUUCUACUCAAAGAAAGAGACAGAUAGAGUCAAGCGAUUCCUCGAAUGCAAAGGAGCAUAUAAAAGAAGAGCAUAUUAAGAGCAGGAGUUUGUCCGCUCAUAGUUCCAACUCCGACCAGAAACGAUUCAGACCAUCAUUGGAAUCCAAUUCUAAUCACAGUCAAAGUCACCAACAAAAUGCAACGACAAAUGAGUCCACCAGAAAAGAGACUGAAAAGAUUCACUUGAAUGCACCGCAUGCUCUACAUGCAACGCAGCAAAAUGCAGCAGGAUUUAAUAAACAAGCCAAUCAGGGUAACUCGAAGCAGCUCGAAGAUGUUGUAACUGUUGAACCUAAUUUGAUGACUGUGACGGGACAAAAUGGACUCGAGUUUGAAAGUGUCAAGAGUGGAAAGCAACUUGUCUUUUCACAUUGUCUGGCCAACUGCAAAUACUGCAUCGAAGAUCCGCUGAAGGACUUUGCCGAACUGAAGAGUGAGAUAAGCGCAGUGACGAGCAGAGACGAGUACUUUGUGAUGCACGAGAAGUUCAAACAGGACUACUCGGUGGAGUUCCAGCCACUGAGACGGAAGGUGACAGAGACGAAGAAACUGUUCAAGCAGCUCAAGGACGACUUCGAGGCUGCUAAGGUGCAGUACUCUAAGCUGGCAGAUGACGAAGCCAACAAGGCCCAGCUGGAACAGAUGGCGAACAACGUCAUCAAAGAACACGAGAGGCUCUUCUGUCAAGAGGAUUUUUUGAAGACAAACCACCGGUGCUGCCAACUGCACAACCAGCUGUCAGUAGUGCUAUCUCGUCUGCAGGAAUUCCGAAAUCACGAGAUUCACCGAAUUACUCAGAAACAUGUGGGUAUGAAAGCCGCCGCCACGCACAAAAUCACCGCUACAAACCCCAACGGGCAGUCGCCGAAACCACCUCCAACUUCAGGAGCCUCAGCUAACUUCUCAAACAGAGCUAACUUCGUGUUCAACAACGCUACUGCAGCAAACAAUGCAAGCAACCCACGCGCCAAACAAACCAUCAAAACAUAGCCACCGUGUGCCUGGACCACAGCGCAAAUAAGAAAUAACGGACGCAAUGGAAUCACGAUCUCACAUGCAAUUUCAGUCAAUUUGAACAAAAAUCAUUUCACUGAUAAAUGAUUCAAUCUUUUCAUGCGUUGACCUUGUACGCCUUCACCAUUCUGAGAUACGGUGCCUCUUCAUAUUGCCCGAAGAUAGGAACUGAUUAUACUUAAAUACACACUUGGGAUACUUAAUCAACUUGGGAAACUUCCCAGAAAAACUUUACAGAAAAGUAGACGAAUCGCAUCAAGAAAGGUGAUUGCUCUCAAUAUCAUCAACGGAAAUCAAUCAGGUGUUUCUGGUAAUUGUGAGACCGCAAAGACUGCAUGAUGGACUUCCUUGACCUUUCAGAAAGAGGAGGUCAAGAACAAGGACUAGUGUUUUAUUUUCUGGGUUGUUUGCUGAUGCAUUGCCUUGCUUCCUUUUUUCUCCCCGUGCUCCCAUCAACUGUGCAAUUCGCCAAAUUCCUCCAAGCUUAAUUCAUUCCACAAGCUGAAGCAGAAUCAAUUCCCUAGAAUGCAAAUUAGUUCCUGACUUUGAAAUAUUUUGACUUACUUAACUUACUUUUAACCGAAAACUCGACUUCUUAGUGACGAUUUAGUUUAAUUCAAUUAUUAUUAAAGCUCCAUGUUUUAUAACAACUCAAAUUCUUUCCUAUGCUCAACUCCAAAAUCAUCAAAAUGAAAACGCUAAAAACGUAGAAACUGCAAAAAAAAUAAGUGCUAUUAUUUACAUAAUAGAUAUUUAUGGUCUUGAAGCAAAUGCUCUCUUUAGUUAUAAGUAUUCAGUCAUUGACUUGGGUGUGGGCUUAUUCGGCAAAACUAGUUUUUGUUUAACGGUGCUAUGUUAAUUUCUUCUCUCCUCAGCGAGAAAAAAACGCUAAAAACAAAGAAAAAUGCUAUUGUGUUAGUGGCCUUGUUGCUAAUGAAUCAACAAUGAAUGAUCAAAUUAUAACUGGUGUUGGGAAAUCGCUUAAAUAUUUUGCAUACGUUUGAGAUCCUUUAUAUCGAAUAGUGGUGUUGUUUAAAAUUUGAAUGCAAUUUUAAUUUUUGAAGUUUAACAAUUUACCAUCAUGGUUCGACAUGGUCUUUGAAGUAGAAUGUUAUUAGUUCCUGAAUGUCGUGCGAAGAAAGUUAUCGAAAUGCCUGCCCUAUAAAUCAAACUAUUUGAGAUCAUUCGUUUAAUUUCAGACCGACCUUAACACCAACAAUCUUGUGGAGAUUCAUCCAAAAGCGACGUCCAAAGUUCGCUGUGCCCUAGAAUUUAAAGUGCGCAGCUUGCCAUCAUCAGGCUAAAUGAUUAUAAACAGGAAUGAAAUAGUUGCAGUUAUGUCAAAUUAUACAUGUGAGCUUAGGCAUGCGGUCUAACAUGUGGUUUGGCGUUUGAAAAACACUAUCACUAAGUACCUAUUGCCGUCCAUUAUUUUCUCCCCCUCCCCCUUAACACCCAGUGCCGUCGUAAAAUGUUAAAUUAAACAAGUCUGCCUGCGUGGUUAAAGCUUUGCUAAAUUUAUUCAAAUCAUGCUCUCAAAUGGCCUUUCAAAAUCCAUGCCUCCUUAAUAUGGAUGUAUGUACGCUAGCUAAAUAUUCAGCAUUUGUUAAAUUCGUGAUACUUUUCGUUAUUUACGUUUUCGUUCAAGUUAAGUUGCAAAUAUUAUCGGAUAAAUUUCUCAACUAUACUAUGGUGCUACAUACAACUCAAUUAAAACAUAAAGAAACUUAAUUAUUCUAACCCGUGCCGUUCAGAAUACGAUGGAAAAUGAUGUAAAAACGAGGGUACUACUAAUACAUGGUGAUACUUGUGUGUAACUUAAACUCAGUUCAUCAUCGAGCGGUCAUCAUUAUUAGCGGACCACAGAUCGUCAAGUUAGCUGUGCUUAGUUGAAAAAAGGGGACGUUUUGAUCUAAAUUAAUUUUGGAUAUUUUUGGUGUAUCGAAAUAUGCUAGCUUUUUGGAGUGAAGUGUUUCCAGAAUGAA